CCGGACCCAAUUAGGCGUAGAUACAUGGAAUUCCAUAGAUUUACUUUUAGGUCCUCCUCCACUCCGUUUUCUUCUUUUUUUCUGAUCCGAAAAAAUAAUUGUCUCAGAACAAAAGGAGGACUGAUUUGAAGCUCUAAUAAUCAAAUGCAGGAAGCGAGAUUUGACUGAAGCUGUAAAAGUAUACAUCAAUGGGUGAUUAUCACUUUAUAUACAAGGAUGUUGAAGGAAGGACGACACAGUGGGACGAUAUACAAACAAAGUUAGGCAAUUUACCUCCAAAGCCCGCUCCAUUCAAACCCCCUGCUUUCACCCCUGCAGAAGAUGAGAGUUCGAAACCAAAGGACAAAGCCUGGCUAGAUAAUAAAACUGAAGAAGACCUUGAGGAUCUCGAAGAUGAUCCUGAACUUGAUGAUGACCGCUUCCUUGAAGAAUACAGAAAGAAAAGACUAGCAGAGAUGAGGGAAGCUGCAAAGAUAGCGAAGUUCGGAUCUGUAAUGCCGAUAUCAGGUGCAGAUUUUGUUCGCCAGGUCUCCCAGGCUCCAUCAGACGUUUGGGUCGUAGUGUGUUUGUACAAAGAAGGAAUCGCAGAGUGCGGGGUACUCUUACGGUGCCUGGAUGAACUAGCUACAAGAUACCCAGCAACGAAAUUCGUCAAAAUAAUAUCUACAGAAUGCAUUCCAAACUACCCAGAUCAUAAUGUUCCUACUAUCUUGGUUUACAAUAACAGUGCUGUCAAAGGAACAUAUGUAGGCUCGCAUCAUUUUGGACGGAGGUGUACUCCUGAAGCUGUUGCAUUAGUCCUCUGCCAGUCCGAUCCUGUACUUAAUGAUGGCCAGAGUUCAAGUGAAUCGUCUAGAGAUGCAGUCCUCGAUCAAGUCCGCAGAAACUUUAUUGAGAAGGUCGUAACAGAGCGUGAAGAUGCAGAUGAUGGAUACAACAGUGAUUAGAAUGUGAAAACUGUUCUCCACUCAGUGAAAAAGAGAGAUGAAGAGGAGAUGCUGGUGUGCAAUAUUAGAUUGGUCAUGUUCUGGUUGAAAUUUAGUUAUGUCUUUUUGUGUUUAACAUGUAAUUGUCCACUUUAAAGUGUAUCGAAUUCUUCAUGUAAGGUUUCCUUUCUGAUGCUUCCCAGUUUUUUUUUUUUUUUUAAAGCAAUUUAUUGGUUAACUGGUUGUAAAAAUUACAGUCUUCUUCUAUCCAUUUGAUAAUAUCAGCCA